CAGAGUUACAGCCUAAAAGCUUCUUUCCUAGGAUUCAAGUCGAGAAACUGGACAUAAAUCCCCACUGCUUAAAGCAGUUAUUUCCCAUGCAUACUUUUUAACUAGUUACCUGAGUAUCAAUAUCCCUUUAUGGACUGUUUUGGUCCAUAGAAUGAGGAAAGAUUUUAAGUGCCCACCCCCCUUUUCUGUCUAUUCAGAUGCUGUUAUUCUAAUACUAAGGAAAAUCUGCAAAUUUUUGUAUUUUGAGAUUUAAUCACCAUAGAAUUAAUGGCCAAGGUAAUUAUUUAAACAGAUUGAGGAUAAGUUAUUGCUGGCCCCAAGUGCCUAUGAAGUAUUCUCUUGGUAUUCAUUUUAUACUUGAAAUUUUCUUUUACUGAAAACCUUAACCAUAUUUGGAAGUUUAGUGUUAUGAUUCUUUUCCAGGGGCAAAGGAAUAUUGCAUAGAAUGUUGGAGAAUCUUUUUUUUGGUCUACCUACUAGAAGGUUCUGCACAGAUGUGUCUACAGUUCUGUGGUCCAAGCCAGAAGCUGCAUCUGAAAUAUUGUACGUCGAACUGCUAGUUAAAUGAAGACCAAGUCUGGUAAUCGGCCUCUAGCUUGUCAGCCCAAACGAGAAAGAAACCCUGAUUGCUUUGCCCUGGGAAAUAGUAAUCCUGCCGAAAACACCUGCUUGCCGGGGACAGAGGAUGUGAUGGAGCUGCUUGAAGAAGAUCUCACCUGCCCAAUUUGUUGCAGUCUGUUUGAUGAUCCUAGAGUUUUGCCUUGCUCACACAACUUCUGCAAAAAAUGCUUAGAAGGUCUCUUAGAGGGAAAUGUGCGCAAUUCAUUGUGGAGACCAUCUCCUUUCAAGUGCCCUACAUGCCGUAAGGAAACUUCAGCUACUGGAGUCAAUAGUCUGCAGGUUAAUUACUCCCUGAAGGGUAUUGUGGAGAAGUAUAACAAAAUCAAGAUCUCUCCCAAAAUGCCAGUGUGCAAAGGACACUUGGGCCAACCUCUCAAUAUUUUCUGCUUAACUGAUAUGCAGCUGAUUUGUGGGAUCUGUGCUACUCGGGGUGACCACACCAAGCAUGUCUUCUGUUCUAUUGAAGAUGCCUAUGCUCAGGAAAGGGAUGCCUUUGAGUCCCUCUUUCAGAGUUUUGAGACCUGGCGUCGGGGAGAUGCUCUUUCUCGCUUAGAUACCUUGGAAACUAGCAAGAGGAAAUCCUUACAGUUACUGACUAAAGAUUCAGAUAAAGUGAAGGAAUUUUUUGAGAAGUUACAACAUACUCUGGAUCAAAAGAAGAAUGAAAUCCUGUCUGACUUUGAGACCAUGAAACUUGCAGUCAUGCAAGCCUACGAUCCAGAAAUCAACAAACUCAAUACCAUUUUGCAGGAGCAACGGAUGGCAUUUAACAUUGCUGAGGCUUUCAAGGAUGUAUCAGAACCGAUUAUAUUUCUGCAGCAGAUGCAGGAGUUUAGGGAGAAAAUCAAAGUUAUCAAGGAAACACCUUUGCCUCCCUCUAAUUUGCCUUCAAGCCCUUUAAUGAAGAAUUUUGAUACUAGUCAGUGGGAGGACAUAAAACUAGUAGAUGUGGAUAAACUCUCCUUACCUCAAGAUACUGGCACAUUCAUUAGCAAGAUUCCUUGGAGCUUCUACCAGCUGUUUAUGGUAGUCCUUCUGCUUGGCCUUAUUUUUUUCUGUCCUACCUUAUUCCUAGAAUGGUCUUUAUUUGAUGAGUUGGCAAAGUGGAAGGACCAUCUUUCAAACUUCACUUCUUACCUGACUAAAUCAGCUUGUUUUAUAGAACAAUCAGUUUUUUAUUGGGAACAAAUGGCAGAUGUGCUUUUCAUUUUGAGUGAAAGAGUUAAGAAUUUUACUUUGGUGGUACUGAACAAUGUGGCAGAAUUUGUGUGCAAAUAUAAACUAUUAUAAGAUCUCUUGAACUCUGCAGUUUUUUGU